GUUCCUGGCCGCUGGCCACCGCCGCGCGCCUUCGAGGGGGAGCCUGCUGGACGCUGCGCUGCCGCUCUCCUCCUCCGCAUGGGGCAGCCGGAGCCCGCAGCCGGCACCCGGCGUGCGGGGAAGACGGAGCACUUUGUGCCUGCCAUGCCCGACCGCCGUGGCGACGAGCUCGAUCGGCAGCGCGGUUCCGGAGAUAUAUAGCAGCUGCCGCCGCAGCGCACUGCUCCUUCCCUCUCCACCACCUCUCAAGUUCGCGCUCACAGCCGACGCCUUCUCUCUAGGCAGAGGCGCUUCAAGCCUCGUUCGCCCAGAUCUGCCUUUUUGCCCUCAGCGCAGCUCUCUCUCUCUCGACCUUCUCCUCCAGAACAGCGCGCAGGGGGCAGAUCUGCGGCUGGCAACGAUGCUCCGCACCUCCAUCUCCUCACCCGCUCGCAGCAUCUCGCGCUGGCGUCUCAGCGUGCACGUGGCUCAUCAGUCCCGCGCUUCGUGCUCGGCAUCUCCAGCUGCCGCUGCUGCCCAAGCUCACCUCUCCGCACGCACCAUGUCGCACGACAGCGCAGCCACGGAGGCCGCCCAGCUUGGCUGCUUCGAGCAGCCGGCUGAGCGAGCAGCAGGCGCAUCUGACGCCCCCGCCGCCGCAGCGCCAGCAAGCGCCUCGCUCCUCUCUCAAGCGCUCACGAGCGUCGGCAGCGUCGCCCUGGCCGGGCUGGGCGCCCUCACUUUCGCGUCGCGCAGCUGGACGCAGGGGCUGCGCUCGCACGCCGAGGCGCUCGAAGAGACGCGCGACGAGAUGGCGGACGACUGCGGCGACGAGGCGGAGUGGUACAAGAAGGAGCCGGCGCAGACUGCGGCACAGCUUUAGCGCCGAGCCCGUCGGCGCCCGAGUGCGCAUCUCGGGUGCUGGCCAGCCGCAUGACACUACAGCCCCAUCCAUCCGCAUCCGUCUCUCCUGCAUCCGACAUGUCGUCUGCCUCUCUCUCCAGACGUGCACCUCAUCAGCC